GCCUUGCCCCCUUUCAUUCUGGAAAGAGAGUAAUACUUCAGUCAAAGACAAUGGAGGGUAGAGAACUCCAGGAUAUUUUUUCAUCUUUUGUGAAUAUCAGAAACUGGAAAAGAGAUCAUGAUGUGCCAUGCUGCAAGAGAGGCCACAGUAGGAGUUCCACUAUAUUUUACCUAGCUGCAAAGCUUCCUAAAGCUGAUGCUGUGUGAAUGCUUUGGUCUUUAUACAACAGGAAUUGUUUGUUUAAAAUGAUGGGGGAAAGGAAUGAGAAGGAAGGGUAUAUAUUGUUGAAAUAAGAUUCUGAGUAUUAAAGUGUGCAGUCACGAGGUCCUAGCCAAAAGAAUGGCUGCAGUUCAUGCUUUCCCAGCAGUGGUUGCUCAUUGUUUCCGUUCAUGCUAACAUUUCCUCUCAGGACACAGCUGGUCUUCCUUCUUUCUGAGAAAUGGCAUUGCUCACGUUGUGGUGUAUUGGCACUGGGGAGGCCAAACAGUAACUGUGGAAGAACCAAGUAAGCCCCAGCUCAAGCUGACUGCAAUCAGUUCUGUGGAAGGAAGCACAUUCCCAUCUCAGCAGUUGCAAAAAGCGGUAGUACUGGCAGUAAGAAACCCAUCCACCAAGGUUACUUGCAUCAUCCGUUACAGAUGCUGCUCACCCAAAUCAAUGCAUCAUUCAGGCAAACAAAGGCAGUAUGAGCAGCAAGGACACCAGAUUCAGUCCUGUGAUAGAGCAAAUAAAAUACAUUUUUAAUUGUCAGAGAACAGGCCAGGACUUUGUUUCAUACGUGAGGUUUUUUUCCCUGCGUAGCGAAGGCCUGUCUUUUAUGUGUAACUCCAAAUGGCAUGAAUAACCUGGAGUGGUGUGCCUCUAGCCCUAGCCAUCACAUGUACAAAUUUGCAGGACACCACUGCUGUCCCCCUCUGUUCAGGACAGCUGCAGCCUUUUACACCUAUCACUCUGUUUUGACCCACACCACCCCCUUUAUGGCAUCUCGAUGUCUUUUUGGUCAACCUUGUUGCACAAUACAAAAGUAACUUAGCAGCCCACAGGGUUUUCAGCUGCUCGACGGGCCUUGCUCUUUGUUUCCAGAACUGUGCUCUUUUUGUCCUGCCUCCCUUUCAGUGGGAAAGACCCAGGUAUGUUCUUAUCCCAGCAUCUGUAACACAUUGAAAAGAAAACCCUUUGCGUGCUGAAACUAGGAGUCAGCAACAACAAGCUGAAAAAUGAAAUGGCUUUAAGAAGAAACAUGGGUCCUUAGUCUUAGUACCCAGUGGGUCUGAACUGCCAGCCCUGUGUGAAAUGGGGUGGGUUUUUUCCUUUUGUCCUCCCUUGCAGUGUACACUUCCACAGCAGAAGGUGCAGAUGGUCCCUGGCAGCUCUUGCUGCAGAGACCCUGGGAAGCUGUAGGAGCUCUGACUCACCCUGUAGUAGCAAUGCAGCCUCACAGCUCCUCAGGACCCUCUGGAACCACUCACUGGCUGCUUUGCUGUUUGUGGUCUCCUCGGUGCAUCUGCUACUUUUGUGGGUCAUGGCCUGCUUCAAAGAUCUCUAAUCAAAAUUUUCAAUUUCUAUGUUUGUGGGUACUUAAAAAUGCAUUUACUUUGCUUGCUAAAACCCCUUUCAGAUUGCCCUGGAACAGAAAUUCCAAGUUGGUGUUCAGUUCUGAAAGAGAGCUUGAGCUGACAGUGAACAAAUAAUGAGAAUGGUGGUUAAGGAGUUGCAGAAUAACUGGGAAAUAAAAUAAAGGAGGCACAAAACCCAUAAUAAAGCUAUUGCCACAAAUGAAACAGAUUAAAAUAUGCAUGUGGUGUUAUUCAAUAAAAUAUUAAUGUUAGCCUCUCAACAUUUUGCAAGGUUUGACUACGGCUGUGCUCCAGUUCUGUGUCAGUGUAAUACAAACACCAUCCGGCUGGCUGCCUCACGAGGAACUGCAAUCGCAUACUGUGGAUUCUUUGGAAAUUUCUACCCAAAUCAUUUGCUCCUGCAGUCAGAUAGUAGCCAAAUCUUGUCCCAUAUUGAAAACAGUUUGUCCCAAAGGCAAGUUUCUAAUCUUCUAAUGCAGAAGUGAUGCACUUGAUGCUUCAGCUCAGGAGAUGGAGUGCGUGGCAGACAGAUCCCAAAGGCAGACCAUACUCACUGUACAGCUGCACCAGCAAAUAUGAUCCCUGCAAAGACAUUCCCAGUCCAGCAAAGUGUGGGAGACACAGACGUCAUUCUGAGGUUGAAGACUGUCCCAUCUCUCCUGCCUGGUAAUAAAAGAAGGAUUCUGCAGGGAGGCAGAAGUCCUCUGCCAUUGUACCAGUGCCCUCCUCAUCUCAGCCAGUCUCUGCGGGGUGCUCAUUAGUAGAUGCUUUUUCUUAGAAUCUCAGGCUUUAAUUGAUUCCCCAAGAUGUUUGCCAAAGCAACAAAGAAUUUUGUGAGAGAAACUGACAGUGGAGGUGACUUGAUUCCUGUCUCUCACUUGAACGCCUCGGACAAGCUGCAGCUUCUGAGCUUAGUUACAAAGAGGAAGAAAUUCUGGUGCUGGCAGAAGCCCAAGUAUCAUUUCUUGACGGUCACCCUGAAUGAUGUGCUUACUGAAGACAAGCCGAUAAAACCAGUAAUCGUGGAGUCUGACUUUGCAAAAUAUAUGGGGAAGUUUGAAGAUUUUGUGCAAGGAAGUGUGGAAACUUCAUUCGGAAAGAUCAGCCUGGGAGCUGGAGGGAAGGGCUAUGUGGAAAACCAGUCCUCAUUUGGAAACCUGAGGAAGCAGGAGAUUGACUUGCAGCAGCUUAUGAAAGACGUCAAGGACAGAACUAUAAAUGUAAACAGUAAUUUACUACAACAAGUAAUAGAAAGAAAACGUGAAGUGCUGUGCAUCUUGAGAGAAAAGAUAAUAACAACUCAGAAGUGUACAAUAUCUGAACAUAUCCAGACAGAGGAAAAAAUCAGCGGUGUGAUGGGAUGCAGUACAAAGAUAGUAAAGGUUUCAGUGAGUGAAAAUGGAAGUAUGAUGAAGGAUGCUAGUGUGAUUCUUGAAAUUCCUCCUGCAACCACUAUUGCCUAUGGUGUAAUUGAACUGUUCAUAAAACACAGUGGCCAGUUUGAAUUCUGUCUGCUGGAUGAACAGCAAGGAGGUUUUGAAAAAGAAAGCACAGAAGGCCCACCUUAUCCCUACUCAGCACUAUUCAGAGAUACUUUGUUUCUCUAUCAGCCAGAUGCUGUUGAUAAUGAGAUGUACUCCGGGGCUAAAAACCUCAUUCCCAGUGAUGCUUCUUUAAGUGUACUGAAACAAGAUCUGUCACGGUUGAAGACUCAGUUCCAGCCCUUUGUGAAGUUGCCAGAAUACAAGCAAAGAGCUUUAUAUAAAACCCUUUAUGAACUCUUGCUCCGUGAAGAAAUGGUAACUGCCCUGGAGGACGUGUUAGCUGAUAUCUGCACAGGAGACAAGCCAGAUCUGAAAGAGUUAAAACCUGUACAACAACAAGACAUCCUUGACUUCUUGCAGCUCUUAGGAUGCAGUUUACAGAGUGAGUUGUUGCAGAAAUAUCAGCCUCAGGAUGAAAAACUCCUCUCAGCUGCUCACCUCCUCAUCAGUGCUAUCGCUGAGCUGCCUGAUUACACUCUUGUCCUGCUGCGUGCCUGCUGUGAUCUUCAGGUUGUUGUGGCACUGUGUUGUUUGCCCAACAUCGCUUCGGCUGAUGGCAGUGUGGCGCUGAGCAGUCCUUCGGUGGCUGCUCUCACGGACAGACGAAGAUUUGAUGUCGUGCAAAGGCUGUUUGCUUCAUCAGGCAUUAAUUUGGAAAUGACAGAGUCUUCUGUAAAAGCUCUAACUAUGAAAGAUCCUACAUUCUUCCCACUUGUCCUUUAUGUUGCACUGUAUGGAUUUUAUGCUUUGGGUGGGAAUGCACAAGAGCUUUGCUGAGUACCCACUUACUGCUGUAGCCUCUUCUUUCUUCUGUAGCUCUGCAGUGUAGCGUUGGUGUGUCUGUGCUAGCAGUGGCGCCGCUCAGUUGAGCACUCAGGGCAGCCCAGCCCGGGGUUGUGGAGGUCAGGGUGGGCUCGGCGUGCCUGGGGUGAGCACUCGGCGCUGCCGUUGGUGCGCUGCUGCUCUGCAGCUUCCCUAAGGUAGCUAUGGAUGUCUGCAGUGGAAAAUACAUAAAUAAGGGAUGAAGGGGAGGAAUUAAAAAGAAGCCUGGAACAGAAAUUGAACAUAGCUAUUCUGGUAGUUGUCAGAUCUGCAGGGCAGUAGAAGCCUGAUUGCUUGCAUUAAUAUGCGUGGGAGAAAACUGCGAAGUACAAAGUGCUUUUUGUAAGCAAGCGAACAAGCAGGCUGUGGAACGCCGGGGCUCUGCAACGCAGUAAAUGUUUUGCUCAUUUGAGACUUGAUGUGCAGAAUGCCUGCGCUCUGGAGCAAGUUGAAUGGAGGGCUCUCAAAGAUGUACUUGAUUAGGUUUUCAUUUAUUAAGUGUAGUUUGGCUUUACGGAUGUGAACUGCAUGCUGCAGGAAAUAAAAAACCUCUUAUUGAAAAACUAAGACCACCAUAAGGGUUUAUGCCUCUGUACAGAAUUUCUGUUUUCUACUGAGUUUUUAUUCACCUUGGCAAGUUCCAGCUAUUUUGCAUUCUGAAUUUUCUCUUUGAGGUACAGUGAUGCCUCUUGGUGCGUGCACAUGAAAUGUCCCUGCUGCACUCCACAAAAAUGAUCAUUUUACCCAUAUGACAUUUCAAGUGCAGAUGUUUUACUUGUUGACUAACAGCAAAGUGUUAGUGAAGCACUUCAUGCUUUGAACUAUUUUGCCUUUUUUUCCAUUAUAAUUUUUGUAAUCAUGUGGAUGGAACAGAAAUGCAGCGAAGAUCACUGUAAAUAUGGGCUUGGGCAGAUGAUGUUCCAGUUAAGCAGAAUAUGGGUGUUUUCAGACAAGGCUGGGAGAUGGCUGACAGACAAACAAGCAGGCACCUGUGUGUGUGUCUGUGCAGGGAGUGAUCAGUACCAGGCCCUGCAGCUUAACUAGUGGGUAGGAGUCCUGGCACCAGUUUUCUGCUCUAUUCCCACAUGGUCUGGGGCAGAUGAAUGUCAGAGAGCUCUUUUAAAACUCCUGUCAGUUAAGCUUUCCCUGAGGAAGUGAACUUUGCAGAGAAGUGCCGUGGUACCUUUCCGUGCCCUGAGAGGACAGGGUAGCCUUGGCACGCCAAGCCGUUGGCGUCUCAUCUGUCAAAUGAAGCUAAUGGUGUUGCCUGAGCGUUGCCCUGGUUUGUGUGGGAACAUCCUUUUGGAGGAUGGAAGCAUGUUAAUCUGCUUCUGGGAGUGAUGUGUGUUUGUAAAUGGGAAAGUUGUCUUUUGCCAAUCACUACUCAAAAGUUAUCUCUGUAACUAAUUUAUCCAAACCUUCUAUUAAAUGUUAUGUCGAAACAACAGAA